AUGGAUGAUCGUAUUCGCUUUUACUUUGAUCAGGGACUCACUCAAACUGAAAUAGCUCUAUGUCUGUCAGUGAUUGACAACUUACACAUAAGUGUUCGACACUUGAGAAGGAGGCUGUCGGGUUUGCAACUUUAUCGUCGAAGACAAUAUAGCGAGCCUGAACGUGUAGUCAAUUUCAUUGCCAGUCAGCUUGAGGGACCGGGACGUCUGCAUGGCUACCGAAUGAUGCAUGAAAGAUGCCGUUUGAAUGGUUUGCGGCUGACCAGAGCAAUGGUUAGAGAGAUACAGAUAAGUCUGGAUCCAUCAGGUGUGGAGGAAAGAAGAGGGAGAAGGUUGCGGAGGCGACAUUAUGGAGUGCCAGGCCCUAACUAUCUAUGGCACAUGGACUCUUACGACAAACUAAAGCCAUAUGGCAUAGCAGUUAACGGCUGCAUUGAUGGUUUUUCGCGGCACAUCAUCUGGAUGCAAGCCUACUUCACCAAUAACAACCCCAGAGUAAUUGCUGGGUAUUAUUUCCGCGCUGUUGCUGAAAGAAGGGGUUGCCCUCAAAUAAUCCGAUCCGAUUUUGGUACCGAAAAUGUCCACGUCAACAGGCUACAAGAGUUUCUUCGUGAAGACUCGACGGGAACUGUGCAUGGACCGAGAAUAAUCUACAGCCAAGUGCAGCAGCCACAGAGGCAUUGA